GUGGCAGCAGCGGCUCCAGCAAGCGGGAGGCCGCCGCGUCCGGAGCGCAGAGCCAAGAGCGCAGCGCGCGUCGCUGGAGUGAAGGUGCCCGAUGGCACGUCCGCGCUUCGUGCUGCUGGUGGCGCUGGUGGUGCUCUCGGGAUCAGGGCUGCUCCGCGGCUACGAGCCGGACUGGCGCCGCCUGGAGGGCCUGGCGAGAGGGAAAGUGGAGAGCUGUGGAGGAUGACGGCUGAACCGCCUGCCAGAGGCGAAGGCCUUUAUCAAUGAGGACUUGCCUCUGUACCACAACCUUGACAUGAAGCACCUUGCUGGAGCAGACCCCGAACUCAUCCUGUUGAACUCACAGUACAAAGAGCUGGAGAGAAUUCCACUGAGUGAUAUGUCCCGCAAAGAAAUCAACGAGCUGGUGCAGAAGCUGGGCUUCUACCGGAAGGAGAAACCCGAUUCGCCGGUCCCCAAAGAGUUCCAGCUUGCUCCUGCCCGGCCGCUCCCUGGUUCAGAAGGUGCCAAGGGAGAGCAUGUGGCAGAGAGCAAAGGGGCUGCGGGUGGAGAACUCUAGAUCUGUUGUGCUCUUAAAAACCUCAGGGGUGUCUUGUGUGUGAGUGUGUGCAAGGGUUGAGAACGUGGCUCGUGUUUUAAUACAUGCACAAGCAUAGCUGUACCGGUGGGUGUGCACGGCAGGCUAUGUUGUUAGUAUAUGCAGGGUUGUGUGUGCACGCCCGCCAGGUGGAGAGCCGAGGAAUGUGGUCCCUUUCAAAUCUACAAAUCUGCUCUUCAACCCCCACCAGCAAAAAACAGCAAGAUACGUACAUGCAAAAAAAACCCUGAAUAUGCCACAUUGGCAGGAUAUGCAACCAAACGCAACGUUCCCUCGUUGCAGAAAUUUGGCUUUCAUGCUUUAAUUUGUUCUAGAGUAAAGAGCAUACACUGCCCUGUCUGUGGAACGUGAGUAAAAAGUGGUGUGGAAAAAGCUGUGAUCUCGGCGGUGUGGAUUCGGAGGAAAGUGUGCUCUCCCCGCUGCCUGGGGAAACAGAGACAGACCUGGACUAGAUCGCCUCGAUUCCCACCUUGGUCUGCACACCAUUUCUGUCUAGAUUCAUUUGAUCAUGCAUAGCCCAGUCGGAAAUGUUGGCUCUUUGUAUAGCUCAGACCGAGCACCUGUGGCCUUCCAGAUGUUGCUGGAUUCCUUGCCCCCCCCCAAAAAGUUUUAGUUAUGCUGGCUGAGGGGAGCUGGAGACCACCAACAUCCAGAGGGGGCCACAGGUUCUUCCCUCCUGCUUUCGGUUCCCUAGCUGCUGUUCCUUGCAAGCCUUCGUGUUCUUCUGCAGCUGUGCCCCGCCUGCAUGAGACAGGAUGAUACCCUCGGCUGAAAGCUCUUGGUGCCCAGGGUGGAUAGUCAGUGUCCCAUCAGGCUUCGGAGCACAGUGCGCUAAGGAACACGAGCUCAGUCACCCACCCUGCAAAAACAAAACAAAACCCUCUUGCAGUUGUGCCUAGGAACAGUAAAGUCUUUUACAUCCAC